AUGAAGUUCCUCGCCCUCCUCGCUCUCGUCUCCGCUGCCGUCGCCACGCCUUUGUACGACAUAAGUGCCGAACAGGCACUUCUCGGCGACUUCCUGCCCACCAGCUACCCCGGUUUCGACCUCGACCUCUACGCUCCCCGCCUGGUCCAGCUCGAGGAGGAUGGCGAAGUCGUGUCGAUGACGGAGCUCGAGAAGAUCCAAGCGAAGGCCAAAGGGAUCAGGUUCUUCGAUGUGACGGACACUUUGGACCUUGGCUCUCGCGCACAGUUCAGGGCUGCCCGUAAACAGUCCUUCCCCACGCCGAGCCACGGUGAGACCGUCAAGGCGGUGAUUGACACUCUCGACAUCCAGAAUCUCAAGGAUGGGCUCGCCAAGUUUACCAGCUUCCGCACGCGCUACUACCGCAGUGAGACCGGGAAGCAGAGCCAGCAGUGGCUGAUGAGCAAGAUUUCCGAGCUCACUAAGGAAUACGCUUCUCCCGAGCUCCAGAGCAGCAUCUCCAUCCAGGAGUUCCCUCACAGCUGGACGCAGAGCAGCGUCAUCGUCACCAUCAACGGUACCUCUACUGAGGACGACGGCAUUGUGGUCAUCGGCGCGCACCAGGACAGCACCAACACAUGGCCGUUCCUCCCGGCGCCUGGUGCCGACGAUGAUGGCUCGGGUUCUAUGAGCAUCCUGGAAGCGUACCGCGCGUUGAUUGCUUCAGGGUUCAAGCCCAAGCGCACGGUGGAGUUCCACUGGUAUUCCGCUGAGGAAGGGGGACUGCUCGGAUCUCAAGCGGUCGCGAGCGCCUACGAAAGGAAGAACAUGAACGUGGUUGCCAUGAGUCAGUACGACAUGACUGCUUGGGUCAAGCGCGGAACUCAGGAGCAAGUCGGCAUUAUCACCGACUUCACUGACCCGGAGUUGACUACCUUCAACAAGGCGCUUGUGGAAGCGUACCUUUCCAUUCCUUGGGCAGAGACCGAGUGCGGUUACGCUUGCAGCGACCAUGCCUCGUGGCGCAAGGCCGGAUACCCGAGUGUGUUCACGAUAGAGGCGAAGUUCGAGGAUUCCAACCACAAGUACAUCCAUUCCUCGAACGACCGCUCCGACAUCUCGGACGAGUUCAGCUUCGAGCACAUGCUGGAGUUCUCGAAGCUUGCCGUCGGAUUCGCCGUCGAGCUCGGUGGCUGGACCAAGUCGGCGUAA